AUGUUCGCCAACGCAUUUGGAUAUGACAACUGGCUGCAGCUCAUGGCCUAUCCAGAGUCAGUCAAUCUGGCGCAUAUCCAAGAACUCAUCAGUGCUUAUUUCCCAGAGUCAGUGGAUGGCGCCAUUUUCAUUGACGAGCACUCGAUCUUUCAGCGGUGUCGGACUUUGAGGGAACUGUUCGUUAGCAAGAGGCCUGAUACACCCAAGUGGGUGGUUCAGGAGAAGAGAGACUUGGAAGUGUCUAGUCGGAACAUCGUGGCCGACAACAGCGAGGGUGAGCGACGACCUGUGGCGCAGGACGAGAUUUCGCUGCGCGCGCAUCAGAUCCAUGGCCUGGUUCCACCCGAAUAUAUCGACAUCGGACUGACUUUGUCAAGCAUCGACGACAUGAAAGAUAUUGUCUUUGCCUUCAGCCAAACAUUGAAGCAUCUCACCAUCCGCUCCCUUGAUCUUUCGUCCCUGGAUCUGCCCGAUUCAAUCCACGUUGGACAAGGUUGGAUUGACCUUCCAGCUUUAACUGAGCUGCACCUGAACCAGCACCUGUGUUCAAUAGUGCUGGACCCGCAGCUGCUCGCUCACUGCCUCAACUUGAUAUUCCUCCGACUGAACGAUAACACCACUGAGACCACUGAGUACUCCUGUCGAGAUUUUAUCCCCUGCCUUCCAGCCCGUCUAGAACACCUCGAUCACCUGCACUUGACUGGCUAG